GGUGCACCGGGCGGGCCUCGCGCGGUCGGGCCUCGCGCGGUCUGUCGGUGGAGCGGGGCUGGCUGCUGGCGAGUCGGGGCUGAGCCGCGGCGGGGCCGGGAUGGAGGCGGUGGCGGCGCCCGGCAGGGACGCGCGGGGGCGUGCGGCCAGUCAUCCCCGCGGCCGCGGAGAGAAGAGCCCGCCGGACAGGAAGGUUUACAUGGACUAUAAUGCAACCACCCCCCUUGAGCCAGAAGUCAUCCAGGCCAUGACCGAGGCCAUGAGGGAAGCCUGGGGAAAUCCCAGCAGUCCUUACCCAGCAGGUAGGAAGGCCAAGGACAUUAUUGACACAGCUCGGGAGAACAUUGCGAAGAUGAUAGGUGGGAGACCUCAGGACAUAAUCUUCACUUCUGGGGGCACUGAGAAAGCACUAACCGUAAAGGAGAAGGCUGACAAAUCGUACCACCACCACCACCACCAAACAGACUGUACUUCAUCAAACAGUCCUAUGAAGAAGACAAAGGACAAGCUAGACAGUGGGGGAAGACAUUUGCAACAUAUAACUGACAAAAGUCUAGCAUCUGGGACAUAAAGGCAGGUAACCCAACAGAAAUAUGGGCAAGAAACUUGAGUAUGUGCUUCACAAAGAAGAAGCCCAGUUUCUACAUGUGAAAAUAUUUGGCCUCGUCAUCAGAGUGAAAAACCUUGAAACACGUCUGCACGCCCAUCAGAUUGAUAAAAAUU